AUGAGUAUGCUGGACCCUCGGCAAUUUCUGAUGCCAACAUUUUGUCUGGACCCAUCCGCGGCAUCAUUGUUGAGCCAACAGCCCACACAGAAUUCCAGUGGUGGCAAACUGACACAUUCAUUUCGUAUUUCUGACUUACUGGAAUCGCCCAGCGAAAAAGCCGAUACCAGUACCGACAAAGAUCAUUCAACGGCAUCACGACCUGAUACGCCAGAAUCCGGCUGUUCACAAGUUCGGAGUAGUCCCAAUGACACGAGCCCACUUGGAUCGAAGAAAGCCCGAAAAGCGAGAACGAUUUUCACCGACAAACAACUACAAGAACUCGAAUCCACUUUCGAAAAACAGAAGUACCUGAGUGUUCAAGAUCGUAUGGAUCUCGCUCAACGUAUGGGUUUGACGGACACACAAGUCAAAACCUGGUAUCAAAAUCGGAGGACAAAAUGGAAACGGCAAGCGACAACCGGUAUGGAACUGCUCAACGAGGCUGGAAACUUGGCAGCUGUUCAAAAUUUACUUCGAUCCAAUCCCUACUGGGCCGGAUACGUUGGCCAACUAGGUGGUAUGCCAACACCAAUUCCACUAAUGAUGGGAUUACCGUUAUCAGCCACAUUACCAUCCCUUCCACAUUCGCUUUCUUUUGUCCUCCCACCAACGUCACAUGUUGGCCCAUCAAAAGAGUCGACGCCUGUUGAUGUCGAAGUCACCACAGCAAACUAG